UGAUGAGUUUUAAUGUUUGCCUUGCAACAGUCUUCGCCGAGCGGUUGAACCUUUCGGUAGUGGUCGGUCCAUAGCGAAAGCGUGUCAAAUUAUCACAUGAUGCUGUUUGGAGGUGUUAAAGUGCUCCGUGUAUCGGGUCCUCCGUUGUUCUUUGUUUUAUUGUGGAUGGUACAUAGUGUUGUUGGGCUUGAUCUCAACGCAAACUGUGUAACUCCGUUGGGAGAGUCAGGAAAGUGUAUUCUGUUCCGAGAGUGCCAACCACUGAUCACCAUCUACAAUAAACCGAUAAACACUCACGAUGAUACACUGCUACUAACGCAAAGCCGGUGUGGUAUGCUGCAGCGAAAAACGCUGGUAUGCUGCCCCGUGACCAGCCAGGCCAGGUCUUCCCUACCCGAACCGCCGGUUUGUGGCAUUCAUCUGGCCGAUCGGGUGAUUGGUGGGCAGCCAACGCAAAUCGACGAGUUCCCAUGGACGGCACUGAUCGAGUUCCAGAAACCGGACGGCAGCUUUGGCUUCCACUGCGGAGGAUCGUUGAUCAAUGACCGGUACAUCGUGACAGCAGCCCACUGUAUUAAAUCCAUUCCACGCGGCUGGAAGGUCCAUCGGGUGCGUCUUGGUGAGUGGGAUUUGACAUCGGCAAACGAUUGUCAGAAUGAGUUCUGUUCGGAUGCACCGAUCGAUCUGGACAUUGAGCAGAUUGUCGUCCACACUGGCUACGAUACGAAGGAUCAAAGCAAUGCGAACGAUAUCGCGCUAAUACGCUUCACCCGGCCGGUAAACUACUCACAAACCGUGCGGCCUAUCUGUUUGCCACUGAGCAGCUCACUUCGUAACCGCAACCAUGUCGGAAUGCCCGCCUAUGCGGCCGGCUGGGGCAAAACUGAAUCGGCAACGGCCAGCGAGAAGAAACUGAAGGUCGAGAUGAACAUUAAAAGUCUGCAGGAGUGUGCGCCGGUCUAUCAGCGAGGAGGUAUCUUGCUGAAACAGACGCAUAUGUGUGCCGGUGGCGUUCGUGGCAAGGAUACUUGCAGCGGUGACUCGGGCGGCCCGCUGAUGCGACAGAUGACCGGAUCGUGGUACCUGAUCGGCGUGGUUAGUUUCGGGCCGCAGAAGUGCGGAACGUUCGGUGUGCCAGGCGUGUACACGAAUGUGGCCGAGUAUGUGGACUGGAUAAAGCAAAAUAUCUACUAGAUGGGUGGGAAGCACUAGGUUGAGCGCAUUAAAAAGAAGAAGACAUAUUGAUGGAUGGUUUGGGUGACUUGUAACGAACGACUCAAAUAAAUCUCAUGCAUUUUAAUGAACCUACGACCUCAA